AUGAAUUUACUAAGGGAUGGAUCUUUCCUCCGCUUAAGACGUGAAGAAAAGAUACGAAUUAUCGAAAGGUACGUUGAGUGUUUAGAAGACGCAUUCCGGGAAUGGCGAAACAUCAGCUACGCUACACCCGAUCAGGAAAGCUUCAUCAGUGUCAACUGGCGUAGAUUCAGAAAAAAGACAAUUGAUGCAAACGAUUACCCGGAUAUUAUGGAUAUAACAACGUACGUUUACCCAAUGUUGAUGAAAGUAUGUAAAACAAGAGAGGAAAAGGAUUCAUACUCUCUUGAGUAUACAAGGGAACUAAGGAGGAUAUAUAGAGAGCUUGGAAGCCAAGUAGGGGGCUAUUAUGUGAUGGGUGAAGGUCUAUGUUUUGAUGAGAGGCUUGAUCAUUUCGACACUGCUGACAUGAUGCAUGCACUAGACUACCCCCGUCCCCGUACUCUCUUUGAUGACUAUCCAAUGAGCAAACAGCAUCUUGGCAAGUCGUCUGAAGAAUUACAUCUUAAAAUUACAAUCCCGGACGACGUUUAUGAUUACGUGGAAGGAUCAUUGAAAGGAAAGUAUGAAGAGCUAGAACAUGUACAGUUCGAGAAAGAAAUUCCUGACUGCUAUGAGGACUUAAAGCAACCGUUAACCCAUACGCCAAAUAAUCAUUCGCUUGAUGAAUCAAGUUACAAAUGCAGCAAGGAAUUUCAAAAUGAAUUGUUUGGCGGAAUAGACUUUGAUCGUCUCGAUGAGCUUAGACCUGGUACUUAUUCUAAUUCCAAUUGGCAUGUCUCAGGUGACAUAAUCUAUGCACCUGUUAUACACAAAUAUGGAAGGUUUACACCUGAGAGAGACAUCCCCUAUGCUGAUAGCAUGUCUUCCCAGCAGAUGAGAACUGGCAAUAACGAUGUAAUACCCGAGCGGAAUCGUGUUAUACAUGAUGACGUUCUCUUAAACGAUGUAAUGAAAGAAUCUUCUUUUAAAAAGAACGUGGAAUUAAAAGAUGAGACACUGGCACUUCCAAAUGAAACAGAAGCCACCUCUCCUAGUACAGCAGUGCUCUAUGAUUUGUUUUGGAAACAAGAAGAACGAAUACAAUCUCAAUUAGGCGAACUGCAAAAUGAAUUGAAACAUAUGACAUUAGAUAUAACGGCGCCAUCUCCACCCAAGAUUGAUGUAACAAAUGAAUUGGUGCAACUGGCCAAAGAUACAGUGAUUGAACAGAAAGAAUUAAACUACCUCACGAUAGAUGCAUGCCUGGAGAUGAAACAUAGACACGAUGAAGAUAUUCUGAAGGCAAAAAAGGAUUCUCUUGAGGUCAGUAAGAAGAUUAUGGAGACUGAGAAUAAACGACUUGAAAAAAUGCGAGAAGAGCUGAGUGAAGAGACUUCAAAGGCCAUAUCUGAUAGAACAGAACUUGAAUUUGAAAAGAAGGCGAUUGAAAUGAAAAAGGUAUUACUGGCAUCUAGUGAUAAGAUAAAAAAUAUGGACCAAGCACAACUAAAGGAUGAAAAACUUAAGUUAGAAAAGCUAAAAAGGGAACAACAACAACAUGAAGAAGAUAUUGAAGAAAUGAACAAAAGGAGGGAGUUGGAGCUUGAAAAGAAAGCCCGAAAAAUCUAUGCUCAAUUUUUGGAAAAAGAGAUGAAAUACAAAACGAAGGGCCAUGAGAUUGGUAUGAAAGAAAUGGAAUUGAAAGUGAGAUGCCAAGAUAUUGAUACAGAAGCAAAUGAAUUGAAAAAGAAAUUGCAGGAUAUGAAUGCAAUGGAGUUGGAGUUCAAUAAGAAAGGUCUUGAAAUGAAUUCGAAAGAAAUGGAAUUCAAAAAUAAGAACUUGGAGAUUGAAGCAAAACAAAGGGACUUGAGAGAACAACAAAUGAAAUUGAAAAAUGAUAAACUCGAAAUUGAGGAAAUGAAGGAUCACAGGGUAACAACUGGCGUAAAGUCCAUAUUGAAGAAAAACACAUCUUUUGGAAGUAUGAUUCCUAAUGAGAGCAAAGGUGAUUACCUCAAGACAUGUGAUAACGAAGAAGGUGAAAUACUACUAGACGACGAUUAUGACAAUAUUUAUGAAAUUCGUAGAAAACAGAGAGUAGCCUACAACAAAAAGAUAUUAGAUAAAAGAAUAUUAAAGGAAAAGCAUAAAGCCGAUGAGGCACGUAAAUUAAAGGAAAAGCAGAAAGCUGAUGAAGAACGAAAAUUAAAAGAAAAGCAGAAAACUGAUGAGGAACGCAAAUUAAAGGAAAAUCAGAAAGCUGAUGAGGAACGAAAAUUAAAGGAAAAGCAGAAAGCUGAUGAGGAACGCAAAUUAAAGGAAAAGCAGAAAGCCGAUGAGGAACGAAAAUUAAAGGAAAAGCAGAAAGCUGAUGAGGAACGCAAAUUAAAAGAAAAGCAGAAAGCUGAUGAGGAACGAAAAUUAAAAGAAAAGCAGAAAGCUGAAGAGGAACGCAAAUUAAAGGAAAAGCAGAAAGCUGAAGAAGAACGAAAAUUAAAGGAAAAGCAGAAAGCCGGUGAGGAAUGCAAAUUAAAGGAAAAGCAGAAUGCUGAUGAGGAACGAAAAUUAAAGGAAAAGCAGAAAGCUGAAGAGGAAUGUAAAUUAAAAGAAAAGCAGAAAGCCGAUGAGGAACGCAAAUUAAAGGAAAAGCAGAAAGCCGAUGAGGAACGAAAAUUAAAGGAAAAGCAGAAAGCCGAUGAGGAACGCAAAUUAAAGGAAAAGCAGAAAGCUGAAGAGGAACGCAAAUUAAAGGAAAAGCAGAAAGCUGAUGAGGAACGAAAAUUAAAGGAAAAGCAGAAAGCCGAUGAGGAACGAAAAUUAAAGGAAAGGCAGAAAGCCGAUGAGGAACGCAAAUUAAAGGAAAAGCAGAAAGCUGAAGAGGAACGAAAAUUAAAGGAAAAGCAGAAAGCCGAUGAGGAACGAAAAUUAAAGGAAAAGCAGAAAGCCGAUGAGGAAUGCAAAUUAAAGGAAAAGCAGAAAGCUGAAGAGGAACGAAAAUUAAAGGAAAAGCAGAAAGCCGAUGAGGAACGAAAAUUAAAGGAAAAGCAGAAAGCCGAUGAGGAACGCAAAUUAAAGGAAAAGCAGAAAGCUGAAGAGGAACGCAAAUUAAAAGAAAAGCAGAAAGCUGAUGAGGAACGAAAAUUAAAAGAAAAGCAGAAAGCUGAAGAGGAACACAAAUUAAAGGAAAAGCAGAAAGCCGAUGCGGAACGCAAAUUAAAGGAAAUUCAGAAAGCCGAUGAGGAACGCAAAUUAAAGGAAAGUCAGAAAGCCGAUAAAGAACGAAAAUUAAAGGAAAAGCAGAAAGCCGAUGAGGAACGCAAAUUAAAGGAAAGUCAGAAAGCCGAUGAAGAACGAAAAUUAAAGGAAAAGCUGAAAGCCGAUGAGGAACGCAAAUUAAAGGAAAGUCAGAAAGCCGAAGAGGAACGAAAAUUAAAGGAAAAGAAAAAAGUUGAUGAGGAACGAAAAUUAGAGGAAAAUCAGAAAGCUGAUGAGGAACGCACAUUUAAGGAAAAGCAGAAAGCCGAUGAGGAACGAAAAUUAAAGGAAAAGCAGAAAGCUGAUGAGGAACGCACAUUGAAGGAAAAGCAGAAAGCUGAUGAGGAACGCAAAUUAAAGGAAAAGCAGAAAGCUGAUGAGGAACGCACAUUAAAGGAAAAGCAGAAAGCUGAAGAGGAACGAAAAUUAAAGGAAAAGCAGAAAGCCGAUGAGGAAUGCAAAUUAAAGGAAAAGCAGAAAGCUGAAGAGGAACGAAAAUUAAAGGAAAAGCAGAAUGCUGAAGAGGAACGAAAAUUGAAAGAAAAGCAGAAAGCCGAUGAGGAACGAAAGUUAGAGGAAACGCAGAAAGCUGAAGAGGAACGCAAAUUAAAAGAAAAACAGAAAGCCAAUGAGGAACGCAAAUUAAAGGAAAAGCAGAAAGCCGAUGAGGAAUGCAAAUUAAAGGAAAAGCAGAAAGCUGAAGAGGAACAGAAAUUAAAAGAAAAGCAGAAUACCGAGGAAGAGCAAAAUCUUAUGAAAAAGCAGAAAGGUGAAGAGGUUCAGAAAGUUAAAGAAAUUCAACAAGAAAAGAAAAACCCUGAAGAAAGAGUUAAAAAAGAAGAGACUGAGAAACUUGCAACAGAGAAAGAAAAGGCAGAGAUAGAAAACAGAAAAUUAGAGGAACACCGACGAAAAUGUGAAGUUGAGUCAAGAAAAAAACGUGAGCAAGAUAGGCAGAAACGUUUGGAUGAAUUAAAACAAACAUUAUUGGAGAAAGAGAAGGAAAAACAGGAAGGAACGGAAGAGUUGAAGAAACAACAACAAGAAGUAAAACAAAAGAGACUGGCUGAAGAAGCUGAUAUCAAAAAGAAGGAAGAAGAAGAACGCCGUGUAAGAGGUAGAGAACUUGCACUUGAGGUUGAGAGAAUGCGUAAUGCAAACAAGCAGCGGCAAGAAGAAAAGAAACAACAAGCUGAGAAAGAAAAGAAAGAAAUUGAAAAGAAGAGACGAGAAAAACAAAGAAGAAAAAAUCAAGAAGUAGAAGAUGAAGAAGAAAGACGACAACUGGCUUUGAGGGAGGAAAUGAGGAGAGCAGAUAAAGAAAGAGAGAGACAAGUUCAACUGAGAAAACAAGAGGAAAAGCGAAUUCAAGACAAGAAGCUUGAAGAAGAGCAAAAGAAGAAACUAAAAGAGUUAGAAAGAGAAAGGGCAUUGGAAAUGCAAGAGGUUGAACCAAUGAAAGAAGGAAAUAAAAGAGCUAGGGAAAGUGAGGAAGAAAAACUAGAUGAAGAAAUUGCAGAGUUUACCAAACAAGGAAAAAUAAAAAAAGUUAGAACCAAACCACGGCCUUUGAAAUUCUUUUCCAACGUAGAUGAUCCUAUUGAAAACAACCCUGCUUUUAAAGAUGUUUUACGUAAACCUGUUUUUGUACAAGGACCACUGAUUAGCCUCACAGAAGAUUCCGAUUCUAACGAUAGUGUGUCUGGUCUUCCAUCUAAAGGCAAAAACACGACGAUAACUCCUAUGUCUGCAGCAGAUUUAACGCCAACUUUGAUUGAGGAAAAGAACAAAAAAAACAAAUCCCCCGUGGAAUGCGGUGACAAGAGCCAUCAAGACAGCUCAUCUUUAGAUAGUAAUGCGUUACAUAAGAAAAACAAUACAAUGAUGCAGCAACGCGCCAGUGAUGAAGGUAUUCAACCAAAUAUGUCUACAUAUAGUAAUGUCAAGCCCACCGAAUUCGAUCGAUCACAGACGUCUCCACAAACAUCAAGUAGAUCAUACAAUGAUGAUGAUGACCUUCAUUUCGAUUCGGAAGAAUCACAAGAAAUCAUUGAAUAUCCUUUCGACGUUGUUUUUAGUCCUAAAACUCAACAGAAGGAAAUCAAUAGAAUGAGGACACUAUAUUUGUCUGAGGAAUUCCAAGAACAAUCUCCACGUGAAAGACGGGAAUAA